AUGGGAAAGAAGAGAGACGCCAUCCUGGAGACUCUGGAGAACCUGACUGCAGAUGAGCUCAAGAAGUUCAAGCUGAAGCUGGGGGCAGCUAAGCUGCCAGAGGGUUUUCGGGUCAUCCCCCGGGGGGCGCUCGGGCCGCUGGACGUGGUGGACCUCACAGACAAGAUGGUCUCUUUCUACCGUGAGGACUUCAGCGCCAAGCUCGCUGCAGAUUUGCUCACAGACAUGGGCUUGCAGGAGGAGGCGGCUCGACUGCAGCAACUCGAGUGA